GGAACCCUAAUCUCACGGGCAUCCGAGGGGAAUGCACCGCGCGCGGGACGCAGCCGCAUCUAAUUUGCAUGUCACUCUUCGCCGUUCGCUGUCAACGCGCGCUCACAUACUUACACCCUUUCUUAAUUUCAAAAUGGUGUAAUUAAGUAAUAAGUUAAUUAUAUAAUAAUCAACCUGCAUGUAUUGAAGAAAUCUAAGUAAAAAUUAUUCAAAGUUCAUCUGCCUACGUUAUUUAUAUCUACAUCUUCAAAUCAUCACCAGUAUCCUGCAUUCAAAACCAAAAAGCAAUUGACGCCAAAGUCUACAUGGUCCUUCAUCGAGCCGAAUAUACAAGAAUCAAGCCCUAAGUGAGAUAUCCAGGACGUUUGAACCAGCUGAGCCGAAGAGUCAACACAUUUACCUACCUAAAGUGCAAUCAUCACACAAGAAAUUAGCAAUUAUACAAAGGAUUGGUCGAAAUAAAAGUGAAAUUUAAAGUUUAAGGCCGAAACGAGUGGUUAAGAGUGAGUUCUUUCCAAAUUGUUACCAUUAAGGCGUUAAAUAGGUGAGGAGCAUGCACGCUCGAGUACCAAGGUGGGACACACAAGCACUCGUGGAAUUAAAUUACCGACGAUCCAGAUCCCAAAGUUCAGCGGUCAGUACGAGGAGUGGUUAGAGUUUCACGAUUUGUUCGUGUCCUUGAUACAUGAACACACGGCGAUCUCGGAUAUACAGAAGUUUCAUUACUUAAGGGCAUCCCUGGAGGGAGCCGCUGCGCAGGUAAUCAAAUCCAUAGAGUUUUCAGCUCGUAACUAUAGAAUCGCGUGGGAUUUGUUGUGCGACAGGUUUGACAAUAAGCGUAUACUAAUUCAAAAUCAUAUUCAAGCGCUGUUCUCUUUAGAACAAAACAAAAAAGAGUCAUAUCAAUCAAUUCGUAAAAUAAUAGACACUUUUACUAAAAACUUAAGAGCCUUAGAGACUCUAGGAGAGCCCACCACUUCAUGGGACACUCUCAUCAUUUAUAUUAUGAGUACAAAAUUAGAUUCAAGGACAUUGAGGGAAUGGGAAGAGCAUAAAUCCGAUUUAAAAGGUAUUAAGUUACACGAUUUCAUGACAUUCUUAAAAAACAGAGCCGAUUUACUUGAAACGUUACACAUGAGUAAUAACAACACAAACACAAGUGUCAGCGCCAGAGCUGACCGACACAAAUCUGCCGAGUACGUCAAGAGUCUCGCAGCAGUCACUGGUUCACCAGAACCAAAAUAUACAACAUAUAGAUACAGCUGCCCCUUGUGCAAGCAAAAUCAUCGCAUUUAUAGGUGUGAGCAGUUUCUAGGACAACCUGUCAACGAGAGAGCAGAAUCGGUUAAGAGGUUCAAGUUAUGUGAAAACUGCCUCCGCCCCGGUCAUCAGGCUCGCGUUUGCAGAUUGGGCCCAUGCAUGAAAUGCUCACAAAAACACAAUUCAGUACUUCAUACAGAUACAGAGUCUGGAUCAUCUGAGCCAUCAGUUGUGGGUGCGACAGCACACUCCUUCAAGCCAACAGGGCGAGGCGUACUCUCAACUGCCGUGAUCCAUAUGUACGACAAGGACAACCACCGCCAUGAAGUAAGAGCCUUUAUUGAUAAUGGUAGCGAGUCUUGCUUCAUGACGGAUUCCUUGUUACGUAAAUUGCAAAUUAAACAUACAGAUUUACAAUCAUCCAUUACUGGGUUGAAUGAACAACUCUUGUCACACAUCACUAAAAGGUGCAAUGCAACAAUCGAAUCGAGAACUAGCCAAUUUAAAGCCGAACUAACAUUCUACGUUGUUCCAAAAAUUGUGACUCUAAAAUCACCUGUACCUAAACUAAAUAUACCUAAACAUGUGAUACUGGCAGACCCAGAAUACGACAACCCGUCGGACAUAGAUAUUCUAUUGGGCUCUGAAAUAUUCUGGGAGCUGCUUGAACAGGAUCAAAUUAGUUUGGGUACCGGUUAUCCAAUAUUACAAAACACAAAGCUCGGUUACAUAGUUGGUGGGCCUACCAGAGGGCUCAAUCACAAAAAUACACAUUCAGUUGAACCUAUGCAUUGUAAUCUGAUCGCGAACAAUACAGUACAAGAACAAUUAGCUAAAUUCUGGUGUCUUGAGGAGGUGUCGGACAGCUCAAAGCAAGUGUAUUCUGUAGAAGAGCGUUUAUGUGAACAGAAUUUCGUGGAGAACUUUACUCGAAUGCCAGAUGGGCGAUUCUCCGUCGCGGUCCCUCUCAAGAAACCAGAGUCUUGCUUAGGUGACUCAUUCAAUCGUGCUAAACAGUGCUUCCUAUCGCUUGAGCGUAGGCUAGACAAACAACCACUGUUAAAACAAAUGUACACAGACUUUAUGUCUGAAUAUAUAGAAUUAGGACACAUGUCUGAGGCGAAAUCAGAUGACACAAAAACAAACACACAUCCAUAUUAUUUGCCACAUCAUGGUAUUUUACGCGAAAGCUCUACUACGAAGCUUCGUGCUGUCUUCAAUGGCAGUGCUGCCACAACAUCGGGAGUUUCAUACAAUGACCUCCAAAUGGUCGGACCCACGAUACAGAGCGAUUUAUUAUCGAUUCUUUUGCGAUUCAGACACUAUCCAUACGUCUUGACCGGGGACAUCGAAAAGAUGUACCGGCAAGUUUUAGUUCAUGACAAUCAAAGACAUUUACAACAAAUUAUAUGGCGUGAUGAUCCCACUAAAGAAUUAAAAAUAUACAGAUUGAAUACAGUCACGUAUGGGACAGCAUCAGCGCCAUUUCUUGCCAUCAGGUGCUUGAAACAACUUGCAUUAGAAUGUUCAGAUCCACAAUUAGCCCAAAUUAUUAGUGACGACUUUUAUGUCGACGAUUUGGUCACAGGUGCUCACACAAAGGAGCAAUUGAUAAAAAUAAAAGAAGGCGUUUGCAAAGUUCUGUCCACAGGUUGUUUCAAUCUCCGCAAAAUCAGAUCCAAUAUAGAACUCUCUCAGUCAGAUUCAUGUCAGACAUUGAACCUCGGCGACCAAGGGUCAUCAAAUUCAUCAAACACCCUGGGCCUGGGUUGGUCACCACGUGAUGACACAUUAUAUUAUUCAAUAAAGCAAACCGUUAAGCAAAAUCCAACCAAACGGUCAAUUCUGUCCGCCAUAGGACAGAUAUAUGAUCCGCUUGGCCUAUUAAGCGUAUGCGUCAUUCAAGCUAAAAUCAUGUUACAGAAACUUUGGUUAUUAAAAUGUAAUUGGGACGAUCCUUUACCUUCAAAUAUUGUAAAUUUAUGGCACAAGUUUCAAUCUGAUUUACAUCAUGUACUUGAUUUAAAAAUUCCGCGCUGUGUCAUCAAUGGCGAUCCAAAUAGUGUGAUUGAAAUUCACACUUUUUGUGAUUCGUCUCAGGACGCAUACGGCUCAUGCUUGUACGUUAGGUCGGAAUGUAACGGACAAGUGGAGAUUAACUUGCUAUGUGCAAAAAGUAAGGUCACGCCUUUAAAACCUACUACAAUUCCGCGUUUAGAAUUGUGCGGUGCCCUUGUUGCUGCACGUCUGACUGAGAAAGUACUCAAAUCCAUUCGUCUGCCAGUGAAAAGAUGCGUUCUCUGGACUGACUCAUCUAUCGUUUUAGGUUGGCUCCAAACUCAGCCUAAUAAAUUAAAACAAUUCGUUAAAAAUCGUGUUGCUGAAGUUCAAGAGCUCACUGCUAAUCACGAAUGGCGCCAUGUGCCAACAGCUCUGAAUCCAGCAGACAUGUUAUCUCGCGGAGUGAACAUGUCAGAAUUACCCAAUUUGUCCAUGUGGUGGAAUGGACCAGAUUUUCUAAAAGAAGAUGAAUCUAAUUGGCCUACAAGUAACUUCGUAAAAAACAAUUUCGAAAUCCCAGAAAUGGUAACAGCUACAGCAGUCUCUUUAGAUUUAAAUAACGAUUUAAUUGAUUAUAAAAGAUUUUCUAAAUUACUAAAACUGAAAAGAGUACUUGCAUAUGCAUUGCGUUUCAUUUAUAAUUGUAAAAACAAAAUUAAUAAAAAAUCUGGACCACUCACCACAAUUGAACUACAAAAUUCAUUCACUUUACUCUUGAAAUGGUCUCAAAGGCAAUCAUUUCAAGAAUACGAUCAAUUAGUCAAAAAACAACCAUUACCUAAUAAAAACAAACUUCUAUCUUUAUCCCCAUUCAUUGAUGAAGCAGAGUUAAUCAGAGUAGGCGGCAGAUUAAACAAUUCACAAUUUCAAUUCAACAAAAAACACCCAGUAUUGCUUUCAGCUAAACACACAUUGACACGUCUUAUUUUCGUUGAAGAACAUAUUCGUUUAUUGCAUGCUGGACCCCAAUUGUUGUUAUCAUCAAUUAAAGAUGAGUUUUGGCCCAUUGGCGGUCGCAAUUUAGCCAGAUCUGUCGCACACAAAUGCCUGAGGUGUUUCAAGCUACGGGCUCAAACAGUCAGCCCUAUAAUGGGUCAUUUGCCUGAGCAGCGCCUCAAUCCAGGUUAUGUUUUCCAAACCACGGGUGUAGAUUACGCGGGACCACUUCUCGCUGCUGACCGUAGAGGACGUGGAUGCAAACUUAUAAAGGUCUAUGUCGUAGUGUUUGUGUGUUUCACCACUAAGUGUCUGCACCUCGAGUUGGUCACAAGUUUGACAAAGGAGGCAUACAUUGCUGCCUUACACAGGUUUAUUGCGCGUCGCGGAAAACCUGCCACCAUUUUCUCAGACAAUGGCACUCAGUUCGUCGGGGCCAAAAAUGAACUUAACGCAUUUCUAAAACAAAACUCGUCCUCCAUUUCUGAGUUUAUGGCGAAUGAAUUCGUUGAUUUUAAAUUCAUUCCAGCCUACGCACCACAUUUUGGAGGGCUAUGGGAGGCUGGAGUUAAGUCUUUUAAAUACCAUUUAACUAGAGUUGUAGGCGAUUCCCACCUCACGUUUGAGGAACUUUACACGGUUCUAGUCAAAAUUGAAGCUACGCUUAACUCACGACCUCUAUCACCAAUGUCUUUAGAUCCUUCUGAUCUUCAUCCAUUAACGCCAGGUCACUUUUUGGUCGGACGUCCUCUUACCGCUCUGCCAGUUCCUCCACUAGAGAAUAUAAAUCCGACCAGACUACAGCGAUGGGAUCGCAUUGAGCAAAUCCACCAGCACUUCUGGACGAGAUGGCAUAAGGAAUAUGUCUCUGAGUUGCAGCAAAAAACAAAAUGGAGGUCAUGCAAAGGACACCUCGACACAGGAACGAUGGUCAUCAUUAAAGAAGACGCUGUUCCACCUUUAAAAUGGAGUCUUGGACGUAUCGUGCGUGUUCAUCCAGGAAUCGACGGAGUAUCCAGAGUCGCCGAUAUCCAAACAAGUCGAGGCAUCAUUAGAAGAGCCUUCAAUCGUAUCUGCCCUCUUCCACUAGAUGACGAUCCUGUUGAAAGCAGGACUUUCAACGCCGGGGGCAUGUUAAGGAACCCUAAUCUCACGGGCAUCCGAGGGGAAUGCACCGCGCGCGGGACGCAGCCGCAUCUAAUUUGCAUGUCACUCUUCGCCGUUCGCUGUCAACGCGCGCUCACAUACUCACCCUUUCUUAAUUUCAAAAUGGUGUAAUUAAGUAAUAAGUUAAUUAUAUAAUAAUCAACCUGCAUGUAUUGAAGAAAUCUAAGUAAAAAUUAUUCAAAGUU